UGCUAAGAAUAAUACCAUUCUGCUUGAUGACAGCAACAAAAAUAUCCCGCUCCGUGUCACGCAUUACGCGUUUGGUCUAACCUUCGUAAUGACGUCACCAUCGAAGUCACAGCCAUUUACAAACUUUGUGUUGUGAUAGUUUUAAGCCAUAGGACUGGGGGAUAAUUUUGCCUCAAAUCGCCGAGCGUGAACAUUGAAACCAAAGAACAUCACGUAAAGGGAAUUGAUCGUACAGAAAUCCGGCGAAUUUCUUGGUUAUUAGUUACAAGUUUUGCGAAUACGUGUUUGAUUACCAUCUUCUCAAACUCACUUGCAGGCACGCAUGCAUGUUGUGCCCUCAAAGCGAAAGAGGGAUUGCUUCAACAGAUCAUUCCAAAUCUCGUCCAAAUGCAGAGUGAGACUGUAUUGGACUCUGACCCUCUGAAAUGCGGAGACAGUACCGAAUCAGGAUCUCGGGUGCUGGAACCGUACAAUAAUCAAGUUGGUGGUCGAUCGUUGAUUCUAAAUUACGACCGCUCGACGCUUUGCAAACCGAUGAUUCCACAAGAAAGACAGUUCUAUGAAGAUCUCCCCUCACAACUUCUGUCUUUUACUCCGAAGUAUAAAGGGGUUAUUCAUGUCGGGUGCCAUACACGCGAGGAUGGUCAAAUUCAACUUGUAGCAUACCCCAAGAAUAGUUCUGUGAAUUUACCAGAUUUGAAUAGUAACAAUAGUUUUAUGAAAACAGUACGAUUUAUAAGUGAGCAUGAAAGCGAUGAAGACAUAGCGAAUAUUCAUGCAAAGGGCCCCUUGACUAUGGAAACACCAGCUACAACUGUAAAUCCCUGGACAUUUCACUGCCAGUACUUGCACCUUCAAAGGCUCCAUGAGUCCUGGCAAGCUGAGAACAAGCUACAAGAAUUUAUACUUAUGGAAAAUAUAGCAAGAGACAUUGCACACCCAUCCAUUAUGGACCUGAAAAUGGGUAAUGAAGGCCAUAGUGAUUACUCUGAUGAGGAGAAACAAGAGCGACAAAGAGCAAAAUGUGAUGCAUCGACAUCUAAAUCCCUAGGAGUGAGGAUAGCUGGCAUGCAGGUGUAUAAACCUGCUCUCCAGAAGUACACAUACCGCAACAAGUACUAUGGGUUCGACCUGACCAAAGAAGGAUUUAAAGAAGAGCUUUUACAGUUUGUUCAUGAUGGGCAUAGAGUAAGGAAAGAGCUGCUUCCUUUCUUCAUAGAGAAACUUCAGCUACUUUAUAGGUCUAUUGAUUCACUGGAUGGAUCACGGUUCUAUUCAAGCUCCUUGUUGCUCAUUUAUGACAGCACUGUUCAAAAUGGUGGUCUGAAUGGAAGUACAGCACUAAAUGAUAGUUAUUCUAAUGAGUUUAAGGUUGAUAUUCGCAUGAUUGAUUUUGGACGCUCCUUUCACCAAGGAACCAAAAGGCAAAAUACAACAGGCCCCGAUAGGGGAUACCUUUUAGGAAUUGAAAGUUUGAUCAAACUUUUCAGCGAGAUAGCCCUUGAAGGAAAUAAUAGAUGAAUGUUUUUAAAUUUUUCUAUAGAAUUUUAAUGUGCAUCUUUUGCAUUGACUUUUUGUACAUGAUCUGAACUAUGUAAGGAACGUAAGAUCAGGAGUUGCAAUAAAGGUGUCUAGAACAUCCAUACCUGCCAACUCUCCCAGUUUUCACGGAAGACUCCCGUUUUUUAGCUUUCAUCUUCUGGCAAAAAAGUCGAAACUUCCUAUACAUUUACUGUAAUCUCCCAGGAAAAUUCCCCGAUAAAUUUGUAUACAGUUUUUGUAUUUGAAGCACAAUCUCCCGGUUUUUGUGCUUUUAAGGUUGGCAAGUAUCAACAUCAGAAAGUCAAGCAACCUUGUAAACAGGAAAAGGUUCUCUUCUGGUUAUGUUCCUUACCGGAAUACACACAUCAGCUAAGUUUUGCAGAGUAUCUGCUAAUAUUUUUAUACAAAAAUAUUGAGGGCAAUACUUUCACCCCCUCAAAAUAUUGCCUCCUAACUAGUCAUCAACAUAAUGUGUUACAGUGGAACCUGGAGUCUACGAUAACCUUGAUUUUAUGAUGGCAUUAUUCCUUUCUACCGGUGGAAAUACAGUGAAAUGUAUAAGAAAUUACCUCAAUCUAACGAUACUGGAUACAACAGUAUUCUCAAUUUUAUGAUACAAAUCUGUUACAUACAAAUCCCAAGCGUAAUUUUGACCUCAAUACAACGAUUUUACUGAUGUCUAUCAACAAAGAGAGAAAAACUCACCACACACAUACAGUACAGUUAACGAUUUUUUGACUUGACAGAUCUUAUUAAAGGCAGAUUUACAGUCUUACAGAAAAUAACUGUACAGUCUUACACAGAGUAAAGUAACAAUAUUAUUGUUUAGUAAAAAUUAAUAAUUAAACCGACCUUGCUAUAAUGAUAUUUUCAAUGGAUUUUCCUUGAUAUCGUAAACUCUAGGACCUCGUUGCAACGAUACCUCCAUUUAACGAUACAUUUUCUUUCUCCCGAGGCAUAUUAUAAAAUCUAGGUUCCACUGUAUUGCAAUGCCUUUGCCAUUUGAGGUACAUCCUUAUGCUAAUAAUACUAUCUGAUGAUGUAUUUAAUUAUUUAUUUGUAAUUAAAAUAAAAAAUAACAUUUAUGAAUAGAAUCAUUUUAUAUGUGAAUAUAAAAAAAUACUCUCAAUCUACAUUGCAUUAAAAUACUGUGUGAGCUGGUAAGUAUUCAAUUUAAUAAUAGUUAAAUUAAUCCAUUUUGAUAGGAAAAAAACUACUUUUGAAUAAAAUAUGCUAAUGCUA